AUGAACGUGUGGGUGUUUGCAGAAGAUGCCCCCUCCCCCACAACUCUUAACCUCCCACACUUCCUGCUGAACCGGAGGGUGCCCCAGAGGACUCUGGGGGGUGAUGUCAGCACCAAUGCGGGAAGAGGCCUGGUGCAGAAGGGAGGGGCCCGGGCUGGCGCCCAAGGACGCACAGAGUCCAGCCUUAGGAGGCCCUGGGGACCUUGCUCUACUAAAGACCUCUGGGGCAGCGGGAAUGGCCGUAGCAGUGGGCCCCGCCCCCGCGGUCGCACCCGGGGCCCGGGAGUCUGGGCUUCCCGCUCCUGGGGCCCUUGCAGCCGGCUGGUGGCGUUUCUGCCUGACUCCCGUCUGUUCCAAGGACGUAACCAGACCACACGCCCACGCGGUGUGGGACUUCCUUUCCUGACUUCUGGGCGCUCAAGUUCAGGUGCACAAGGCUGGUUACACGGCAGUCGGAUUGGCCCUGACGCUCUCCCUUCUGCACCUUUCCUGGCGUUCAGCCCCCACGGCUCCGUGUCCAGAAGGGCGCGGCGAGGGCGGAGGGCGGGGACUCCGUGGACCCAGGCGUCAGCACGCGGCUUUCAAAGGCUGCGUGGGCUGCCCACACCCGGGUCAUCUCAGGGCGGUGCAGGCCCCGCUCACGGCGCCAACAGCCUCCUCUCGGUGCCGAACUCGGCGUCCCCGCGCCGCGUCCCUGCACCAGGAAUCCCCAGCCUGCGUCUCCCACUGCUGGGGAAGCACUUCUCUUGGGGUUCUCCCCCAAAGAGAAGAAAACCGCUGGAAAUGUCCCGGAACACCAUCUUUUGGUGGAACACCGAUAUCGCCCCUCCCCCAAAGAAAACAAACGCAGGCAAUGUUAUCCGAAACGUUUUAUAAAGUGCUCGUAAACACGAUCUCCGGUGA